AUGGGGCAGGGCUUCUCUGUGACAACGCCGUCGGCCGGCGCGGCGGGGAUCGAGGUUCCAGAACUAGCGGACCUUGUCUACGAGAAGACUCUUGGGUCCGCACGGUUUAUGAAGACUAUCCGCGCCCGACAUCAUGACGGUGUCGUCUUGGUUAAGGUGUUCAUUAAGCCCUACACUCCCAUGUCACUGGGCCGAUUCAGGCACGAAAUAAUCAAUGAGCGCAAGCUUCUCGCCGAUAUCCCAAACGCCCUUGGGUAUCAAAGAGUUGUCGAGACCGAGACCAACGGCUACCUUGUCCGCCAGUACCUUUACAACUCGCUAUACGAUCGCUUGAGCACGAGGCCUUUCCUGGAAGACAUAGAAAAGAAAUGGAUAUCCUUCCAGCUCCUUUGCGCUCUACGCGACUGCCAUGCGAGGGACAUAUACCAUGGUGACAUCAAGGCGGAGAACACAUUGGUGACUUCUUGGAACUGGCUAUACCUGACCGACUUCUCCUCUUCUUUCAAACCUGUGACGCUUCCAGACGAUAACCCGACCGAUUUCUCCUAUUUCUUUGACACAUCCAGCCGGCGAACGUGCUACAUCGCCCCUGAGCGAUUCGUGGCGCCAGGCGGAAAUGCCAACCCCAACGCCAGCUUGACGUGGGCCAUGGACAUAUUCAGUGCCGGGUGCGUGAUCGCAGAGCUGUUCCUCGAGUCGCCAAUUUUCAGCCUAAGCCAGCUGUACAAAUACCGCAAGGGCGAAUACGACCCCGGCAUCUCGCAUCUGAGUCGCAUUCCGGACAAAGACAUACGUGACUUGGUGGCGUCCAUGAUCCAGCUAGAACCACAGAAGAGGUAUUCUGCCGAGCAGUAUUUGGAGUUUUGGCGCAAGAAAGCGUUCCCGGACUAUUUCUAUACGUUCCUACACCAGUACAUGGAGGUGAUUACGGAUCCUUCCUCCGGCCAAUACCCCGUCUCUGGCGCGACACGGAACCUGGGCGAGGCAGAUGAACGCAUCGAUCGGGUUUUCUACGAUUUCGACAAGAUCUCAUACUUUCUGGGAUAUCACAAUGACUCCCGAGGUACAGAAUCGGUGCAGUUGCUGCCACGGCUGGGACUGGGCCAUUUCCCCGUGCGGCUCAACAUACCGAACAACGAAUACGCCGUUUCUGGCGAUGUGCAGCCUGCUGCUGACGAUGGUACCUUGAUCUUUCUGACCCUCGUUGUUUCGUCAUUGCGGAACACAGCGCGAGCGGCUUCCAAAGUCCGAGCUUGUGAUGUUCUCCUGGCAUUUGCGGAGCGACUGACGGACGAGGCAAAACUCGAUCGAGUUCUUCCAUACCUCAUCUCGCUUCUAAACGACAAGGCCGAUAUCGUCGCCAUCACCUCGAUAAGGACGAUCACACAAUUGCUGGCUCUCGUUAAAUCAGUAAACCCUGUCAAUGCACACGUCUUCCUCGAAUACAUCCUCCCGCGUAUGCAGAUCGCUCUCUAUGGGACUAGUAAUCUACCCAGUCCGCUGGUGAGGGCAACAUACGCAUCUUGCAUCGGCAGUUUGGCGACGACGGCCAAAAGGUUCCUACAGAUGUCGUCAACCCUCAAAGCUGCGGGUACGAUAGCAGCCGCUGAUCCAGACGUUGAAUCGGGAAGCCAACCAGACGCGACUUUCGAUGGUUUGUUCGAUGAAGCUCAACAAGAGUUGAUCGAGUUAUUUGAGUCACACACCAAAAGCCUCAUCGAGGAUGCCGAUCCCCAUGUUCGUCGAGCUUUUCUCAGCUCUGUUCCCGAACUGUGUCUGUUCUUUGGAACUGCAGAAUCCAACGACAUCAUCCUCACGCACCUUAACACUUACCUGAAUGACCGGGACUGGAUCCUGAAAUGCGCUUUUUUCGAGACUAUCGUUGGCAUCGCUGCGUUCAUGGGCAGCGUCAGCCUCGAAGAGUUUAUUCUACCCCUCAUGAUCCAAGCCCUCACAGACACGGAAGAACAUGUGGUUCAGAGCGCUCUCCAGUCGCUGGCACAACUGGCCAGCCUUGGCUUAUUGUCAAAACCACGGCUUUGGGAGCUCACCGAUGUUGUUGCUCGAUUCUCGAUGCACCCGAACAUUUGGAUCCGAGAAUCAGCGGCAAAUUUCAUUCCUGCCGCUGCGGAAUAUCUAUCCCCAGCAGAUAUCAAGUGCACGCUUCUACCACUCGUAUCUCCCUUCCUGAAGACCAUGGUCAUGCCCAUCAAUCUGACCGAGUUGGCGUUGCUGGAUGCGCUGAAAAAGCCUUUGUCUCGGUCUGUGUUCGACCAAGCUCUGUUGUGGGCUGUACAAUCUGACAGAGGUCUUUUUUGGAAGACCAUGCGUAACUUACGCAGGCUAUCCUUUGGUACAUCAACUGCCACAAUGCCGAAUCGGGCGGCCAAAGAGCUGCAUCCAAAGAGCCUCAGCAAGGUCGCAAAAAAUGAGGAAGACGAACAAUGGCUUGGAAGACUUCGAAAUCUGGGUCUUUCGCCGAAUGACGAAUUCAAGCUGCUGGCCCUUCGCGAGUUCAUUUGGCGCCUCAGCCAGAUCAAAACAAGAGAUUCGUCGGCGAACAGCAUGAACACAGAGCUAAACAACAUCAUAAAUCUGCGCACUCUGGGCGUCACUGUACAGACUGUCAUGUUUGACGAGGAAGCUCCCAAGAAACAAGUGGGCGGCGACGAUAUGGACGUGGACGCGAACGCACCGCGCACGAUUACUGACGCACUGAUGGACGCAUCCAUGAGCAUCGAUGAUCCAAUAGGAAAGCGAAAGCGAGCUGCCAUCAAUACUCACCGGGUCAGACUGAGCAGCCAGAUGAAUCUCUCACCUAACCCAGAUGACCGCCAGCCGCUCCAAGAUGGACCUGCAUCUCCAAACAGUGAAUCAUCAAGAGAUCAAAAUCGACUCGCAUCGUUCCGCCCCAUUGCUGGGGCUGAAGAUGCUACAGGGCCGGCAAAGAGGACACUCCGGCAUGCUUCAAGCGCGAUGAGUCUGCUCAAUCGAAAGGACAGCAACAAGGCUAUAGCAGAGACCGGCAUGACCGAUGCAAAUGCCACCGGCCGUGUGGAGGGUCUCUUCUCACCCGCCACGCCAUCUAGGCUGUCCAUUGCAGAUGGAGAGGACAACUCUCGAACUCAUCUACAUUUCAGUCACAACUAUCCCGGCAAUGAUCCUCAUGUCCUCAAAAUGCUGGACUCCAUGUACGUGGACAACUAUCCGCACGACAUUGCAGAGUUUGGGCCUCUGGUCACGCCGAUCAAUCGGCGGAAGGUCAACAAAAACGCAAACGGGCAGGUUUCUGAGGGCUGGAAACCGACGGGCAAGAUGAUGGCGACCUUCUCCGAGCAUGUUGGUGCCGUCAAUCGUGUCGUGGCUUCCCCUGAUCACGUGUUCUUCAUCACAGGCGGAGAUGAUGGUGCUGUGAAAGUCUGGGACACUGCGAGACUGGAGCGCAACAUUGCUCACAGGUCGAGGCAAACUCACAGGCAUGCGCCAGGAGCAAAGGUUGUCGCCCUAUGCUUCAUCGAGAACACGCAUUGUUUCAUCAGCUGCGCCAGCGAUGGCAGUGUUCACGUAGUCAAAGUCGAAACUGCUUAUGCCAGUAGCGCGAUGCGAUACGGAAAGCUGAGACUUUUGAGGGAGUACCAAUUACCAGAUGACGAGUUCGCUGUCUGGUGCGAACACUUCAAGCAGGAAACCAGUUCUGUGAUGGUCUUAGCAACAAAUCGCUCACGAAUACUUGGAAUUGACCUGAGAACCAUGUCACUGCUCUAUGUUUUGGAGAAUCCAGUCCAUCAUGGAACCCCAACAUGCUUCUGCAUCGACAGGAAAAAGAACUGGCUUUGCCUCGGCACUUCACACGGCGUUUUGGAUCUUUGGGAUUUACGGUUCAAAAUGCGACUCAAAGGAUGGGGGGUUCCAGGCAAAUCUGCCAUUUAUCGCAUCAGCAUCCAUCCUAUCAAGGGCCGUGGAAAGUGGGUUUGUGUCUCCGGCGGCACCGGUCAGGGCGAGGUGACUGUCUGGGAUCUGGAGAAGACCCUCUGUCGUGAGAUCUAUCGCGUUGGCGGGAACAAAGAGGGGCCCAGGGGCUACGACGCCUGGGAAGUAGACGAGGACAGGCCGGAGGGGAUGUUGGGUCGGUUUGCUACGAACAUCGAGCCAAGCGCAACUGGUAACGCGGACAGAGGGGUGAGGGCCAUGGUCGUGGGCAGCGGCUCUCUUGAAGGUGGCGAGCAGCGUGACGUGAGGCACGCGUUCCUGCUUACUGGCGGCUCGGACAAGAAACUCCGCUACUGGGACCUGACGAGGAUCGAGAACUCGACCGUGUUCAGCGGGCUACAGGUGGAUGAGGGCAACCCGACCUACUCUGCGAGCCACCCAACUACAGCGAUGACGCUGAACACUGAGAGGCUGCCUCGCGGCCAGGGCUCGGGCGUGUCUGCGAACAAGGCGGAUGAGAGGCGAAGCCGCCGGGCUAAUGGGCAAGACCGUGGGGGUGGCCGGCCAACUAGGUCGACUGUCAUCUCGGUGCAGCAGCAACAGUUGCUGAAGGCGCACCUGGAUUCUAUACUGGACCUCGCGCUGCUGGAAAGUCCGUAUACGAUGACUGUGUCUGUUGAUCGGCCACCUGGCUCACUGUGGGCAGUGGCACAUUCAAGUGAAGUAAUGGGCAACGACGCCGAAGCUACGACGGCUUGUCGUCGAUGUCGUGAACAGAAGGUGAGCGUUCCUGCUGCGCAUGCAUCUGCGAAAUUGACCCUGUACAGCUCAGAUGCUCUCGGGAACUCCCCAGACCGCAAGCAGUUGGCCGCCACCCGCGCGACGAAGCGGAAGCGUGCUGCGCACGAGCAGCAUCCUGAUGAUUCCAACCACGAACUUGGUCAUCAUCCCAGCCCGUCUCAAGAAACGGCCAACCUUAACUUCGUUGUUCAGCUGCCUCCUCGUAGUGUUCAGCGGUCUCUCCUGGAUGUGUAUCUGACUUAUAUGUUUAAUUCGACCCUGGUAUUUGACCGGACAGCCCUUAAUCGCAAAUGGGCAGACAACCAGCUAUCAGAACCGGUGUUGCUUGCAAUAUGUGCCAUGGCCACGGUUUGCUGGGCCGGCGGUGGGCUAUACAAGCUGGUGAUCAAGUUCUCCCAAAAGUCGAUCAACCAACACUGGAAGCUGUUCAAGCACUCGAUGUUCACAGGCAUUGCGUGGAGAGCAGUCAAGACCCUGCUGCACGAACAGGAGGUAUCUCGAUCAGUGGACUCCACAACCGACCACGGAGAGACGGAGACUCUCUAUAGAUGUUUCUGGGCCCUUUGGGUCACCGAUUGUAUCAAUUCUGACAACUAUGUUGUUGGCUCGUCUUUGGGCGUCCGAAGAAUCAAGGUUCCUCUGCCGCUCGCAGAAGAGGCUUCUGUCGAGAUUAGGCGUCGAACACGAACAACGCUGGCUGGCGUCGAGGACUUGGCCCUCAAUAUCUCAGGACCAAAUCGACCUCGGCAGCUGAACUUGAUAUCUGAGAGCAUCAGAGCCAUAUUUCGUUGGACCAAAGUCUGUGACUACCUGGAAAACAGGAAAAGUUUGACGGCAAACGAGGCCAUGGCGCAAUUAUUCGCUCUUGAUCAACAACUCACCGAAUGCGGAAUCCCACUUCAACAAUCUGUACCUCGCGCCGCCGUUAGAACCAGCGCACGAACAGCCUUGGAAGGUGCAAAGCUCAUCAGCGAGAUAGCAGCAGAUCUAAACGAUAUAAACGUUGAUGCUGCUCGGCUUCCCCCAUUCACUGGAUAUUGCAUGUAUGUGUCGGCAUCUAUCUUGAUUGCUUUCAUCUUUUCGAGAGAUGAAGAAUUGGCGACAACAGCUAGGUGUGGUCUUGUAUCGGUGUUGAAAAUACUGGAAGCGAUGAAACUCUGCUGGAAGCAUCUUGACAAGCUGUGGGCAAGAGUGAUUCACCUGUAUCAAACACAGUUACGACAUAUCAAAUCCUCGGCACCAGCAGUCGCUGCUCAUUCAAGCAACGGGAACACGAACAAUGAUAUUGAUGAUCUGUCUGCAGUCAAGAGAGACGACGGGGGACUAUCGGAGCCAUUACAAGACUCAGUCCUGCUCUAUGGUCUCAACGGGUUGCGCAAGACCCUCCGCACUGAGGAAGCGGCGCCUUCAUUAUCAGACCUACAGAGUUCACUCAUGCAAAGCUCGAACGAUGAAAUUCCUCACAGCCAAUUCCCAUCUCCGCACUCGUACCCGUCAUCCGAGGCCGUACCACCGCAGUUACCAACGUCCCAGGUCGCAACGUUCGGUUUUCCCAAUGAUCUGGAAGGCGACUUUCUCAGCGCUGAGGGUUUUGACUUCUCAAAUUUGGAACCGGCAAUUUUCACGAACGCUGCGAGCGGAGAUGACACAAACUGGAAUUGGAACCUUGAUAUAUUCGACCAAAACGCAGCAUUAGACGAUAUCAUGAACACCAUAUGA